UUGAAAGCAGUGACGUCAGAGUAAAGAUGGCGCUCCGCAGCUUCACGGAGAUCUGCGGGUUCGAGAGGGAAACUCUUCUCCGCUUCAGAGAGAUCAGCCUCAGCCUCCCCGGUGUGAGCGCUCUCCCUGGAGGAGUGAAGUUUCCGGACAGUGGGGGAGCGUUCCAUUAUGAGGAGAGCGGGAAGCUGCUGUCCGUCACCAGCAACAGAUUCAUUCACUGGAGCACCUCCGGGGACAGUGUGCAGCUGGUGGAGACCUCUCUGGACACCAACCUGCUGAACAAUGCUGUCAGGCUGAAGCUGUGUCAUUGCUCUCUGCUGCCCGGCGGAGUCUCCAUCACAGAGACCAUCAACAACGUCAUCAUCCUGCUCUCCACCAAUCAGAGCGUCCACAGGCUGCUGCUGCCACACCCGGCUCGCAUGUACCGCAGCGACCUGGUGACGGAGGUCCACAUGCAGUCCAUCUUCACGGACGUGGGGAAGCUCAGUCUGCAGGACUCCUCUCACAGCGUGCAGAUCCCUGGAGGCUCGGGGGGGGCAAGCUGCUCCACCUGCUGGAUCAGUGACUCUGGAGAGGCUCACUAUGCUCUGGCCUCACCUGCAGGGGGCAUCAUGGUGCUGACGCUGCCUCCUCACGACUCUCCAGGUGAGUUGUCAGUGGUGGAGCUGAAGAGGAGCUCCAUGAUGCAGCGCUUCUCUGACUGGAUGCCGUCAGCCAUGAGGGGGGAUCAGGGCGGGGGGGGCGCCCUGAGCCUGGCCGUCAGAGAGGUCGAAGACAACUGCUUCCUGUUCGCUUUGAGUCAAGAUCUGAGGCUGCGGCUGUGGAGCUUCAGGGACCAGGCGUGUGUUCUGGAGGCGGAUCUGUUGGAGUACAUGCCCUCCUGCAGGGGGGCAAGGUCUCUCCCUGGGCACGGCCACCGCCUCCGGCUGAGCCUCUGCUCCACAGGCCUCUGCCUCGGGGUUUACCUGGCCGUACCUGGCCGAGGACAGUUCACCGUGCUGCAGCUCGUCUCCACCGACAGCAACCGCUACAGCUUGGACCACGUGUCCUCGCUCUUCACCACACAGGAGACGCUGGUGGACUUCACUCUGACCCCCACAGACGUCUGGGCUGUGUGGGUGGAUGAAUCAAACGCCACCGUGGUCAAAUACAUCAACUUUGAGCACAACUCGGCAGGUCAGUGGAACCAGGUGUUUGUUCAGCCUGCACCUGAAGAUGAGGUCCACAUCGGAGUGGACCAGGACCCCCGAGAGACGUACCUGGAGGUCCUCUUCUCCCCUCUACGCUUCACAGCUUCAGCCAUCCUUAAAGCUCUACAGAUCUUCCGCAGAGGCUCGGACAGAGACCGUACCUCGGACGUGUCCUGGGAGAGUCUGAAGAAGGAAGUGACGGUGGCCGUGGAGAGUGAGCUCCAGAGCAGUGUGACGGAGUUUGAGUUCUCUCAGGAGGAGUACCGGCAGCUGCAGGUGGAGUUCUGGUCCAAGUUCUACGCCUGCUGUCUUCAGUACCAGGAGGCUCUGUCCCUGCCUCUGGGCCUCAGCAUCAGCCCCGGCACCGGCAUGGCCCUGCUGCUAAAGAAGGGCUUCGUGUCGUUCCUCCUGCCAUGUUUUGCUGUGGAUCACCUGUACCUGUCCUACGAUGAGUACCUGUCUUCAGAGGAGGAGACGCCCAUCGCUGAAGAUCCAGAGCUGGGGAAGGACGUGCUGCAGCUGGUUCAGUGUCUGCGCCUCGUCAGCAAUGCAGUUUCUGUGGAGAUGGCCUAUGAGAUGGAGAAAGCUCUGGAACACCUUCAGUCACCGGAGAGGGCAGCAGACCUGGUGCUGGAGAGCCUGCUGUCCAACGACAGUGAAAACGUGAUGGAGGACAUCCAGAACAAACUGCAGGACGUCAGGAACCCUGCGGCGGCCAUGACGGUUCUUCUGAGGGAGCUGGACCUGGAGACGGACUCUGAGAGCCUGAUCUCUGUCUCUCAGGAAACACAAGGCCAGCCUCUGGGUGUGAGGAUCAGCCUGUCUCAGCUGUAUGGAAGCAGCUCGGCUGUGUCCAUCGUCUGUCAGGCCGUCUGUCACAUGACCAUGACCCGAGCGCUGUUCUGCAGAGACCUGCUGAUCCUGCAGAAACUCUACCUGCGCCUUGGAGACAAUGUGUUCCUGGGUGGGGGGGCUCAGUUGCUGCAGCUUCAGCAGGAUCUGAUCCCUCGAAGCUCGAACCUCCUCUCCUCCUAUCACCUCCUCAAACACAUCAGCCAGAGCAUGGCCUCCUCUGUGGCGCUGGACAUUAUAGAAGCCAACCUGCAGCACCUGACCGUGUUGGAGCUGUCCGACUCGCCGAGCCUCAGCAACGCAUCAGUUCUGAGCCCUCAGACGGUGGUGGAGCUCUUCUACCAGACGGUCGGCAGGAAGAUAAUCGUCUCCCAGAUUUACUCGCAGCAGAGCAGCUCCAUGCUCGUCUGGAGUCACAUGAUCUCCAACGUGGUCGUCCUGCUCGCUCAGCUGCUUUGGCCCAGUAACCCUGGUUUCCAGUUCCCAGAGUGUCUGAUGGCAAACUGUCAGUACACACAGCUGCAGGAGUACGUCCGUCUGAUUGGUCCGUGGUGUCAGGUGAACAUCGGCUCGUGUCGCUUCGUGCUGGGUCAGUGUUACCUGGCCAACGGGGAGGGGCAGAAGGCGCUGCAAUGCUUCCAGGAAGCAGCCACCGAGGUGGAGAAGGAGGACUUCCUGUUGAGACUCACGGGCGGCGAGGAGGAGGACGCCCCCCCCCGCCUGCAGUAUUACAACAAGGUGCUGCGCCUCCUGGAGGACGUGGGUCUGCCGGAGCUCGUCAUCCAGCUGUCGUCUCUCGCCAUCACAGAGGCCGGCAGCGACGCCCACAGCCAGGCGGCGCUGUGGACCAGGAUCUUCAAGCAUCACCUGGACCUGGGUCACAACAGCGAGGCGUACGAGGCGCUGACGCAGAACCCCGACAGCAGCAUGCAGCUGGACUGCCUCCGGCAGCUCGUGGUGGUUCUCUGUGAACGCUCUCAGCUCCAGGACUUGGUCCACUUCUCCUACGUCAACCUGCACGACGAGCUGGCUCAGUGAUGUAUGAGUUGGGCAUGCGUGUGAGCAGAGAGAACAGAACUCCCUCAGGUUUACAGCAGCAGGUCAACUGUUUCCUGUCGGCUCUGAACUGCCUGCGCCUCAUCAGGCCGGAGUACGCCUGGAUCGUCCAGCCGGCCCCCGGAGCUACAUACGAGCGUGCGGGAGCGUCUCCGAAGAGAAACUCUGACGGAGAGUUCUCCUCUCAGCCAGUGAAGCGUCAGGUGGACAUCCUGGAGCUCAGAGACCUGGAGAGAGAGUUCAUCCUGUCGAGCAGCCGCCUGAGCCUCAGCCAGCUCCACCCGAGCCAGGCUGCCAUCGCAGGUGGAGCCUCAGCCGGAGAGAUGGUGUCUCUCCUAGUCCAAUCAGGGCUCUUCGACUCUGCGCUGUCUGUCUGCCAGGCGUUUUCUCUCAGUCUCAGUCCUGUGUUCGAGGGGCUCACCUUCAAGUGCAUCAAGCUGCAGGGGGGGGGGGAGGAGCCUCAGAGCGACGCCUGGAGCUGGCUGGCAGCCAAUCAGCUGUCAGCAGUCGUCAACACCAAGGAGUCAAGUGCUGCAGACGAGGCCUGGCGGCUGCUCUCCUCUUACCUGCUCAGGUAUCCGUGUUCCAACGGACGACAUCAUCGCUGCGUCAUCAACAAGCUGCUGUCGCACGGAGUGCCGCUCCCUGAUUGGCUCAUCAAGUCGUACAAGGAAGUGGACGCGGCCUCCCUGCUGCGGCUCUACCUGAACUUUGACCUGCUGGAGGAGGCGGGGGAUCUGGUGCUGGAGUACGUGGACGCCCUGCUGGGGAGGAACCGGUACUACGGGUUAGAGGGUCCUCUCUCUGCUACCUCCCCCUCUGUCUGGCUGCCUUACACCUCCAUCGAUCAGCUGCUGCAGACGCUCAACGAGACGCAGACCAACAGCAGCAUGUAUGACAAGGUUCGGGACAGACUGGAGGAUUACCACCGGCAGGUCGAACAAACGACCAGACGGCGUCUCCUCGCCCGCUGAGGUGACCUGACCGCUCCGGCCAAUCAGAGGCCGGCAUCAAGUGUUUUGUUUUUUAUAAAAAUCCUCUUUUGUACUUCGUCAGUCAAUAAAGUUUUCUUUGCUCACCGAG